AAAAUAUCGGACAGCGCCUCCAACGAAUAGGCGUACAGAUACAGUUGCAGAGAUACUACUACUAGCUUCCAACCGCCAAACACACUCUUCCCGGCGAUUAUCUUCACGGCCGGAAAACUCAGGUUUAAUUUGACGAAAUUGCAGAGUUAAACAAGCGGUUACUUUUAACAAAGAGUUGCUAUUUGCAAACAAACAGAUUUCAUUGAGGAGAUGUAUUUGGAUAGCAUCUAGCUGGGAUGAAGAACGAUCAGGAGUCCUUGGAUACACCAGAAACACGAAAUUUAGCCCAAGCUUCUCACGAGUCUCAAAGUGACCAACAUAAUAAUGCAACAGAGGCUCCUGUUCCUGACUCUGGAUCAGUGUCUAUUUCGAGCAAUGACAACAGAAAAGUUUCGCGGGAGGAUAUCGAACUUGUCCAAAACUUGAUCGAGCGCUGUUUACAGUUAUAUAUGAAUAGAGAUGAGGUCGUGAAAACUCUAUUAAAUCGUGCAAGGAUAGAUCCUGGUUUUACCACCCUAGUUUGGCAGAAGCUGGAAGAAGAGAAUGCAGAUUUUUUCAGAGCCUACUACAUAAGGUUAAAACUGAAGAAGCAGAUUAUCCUUUUCAAUCAUUUACUCGAGCAUCAAUAUCACCUGACAAAGUAUCCUGUGCCUCCAAAGCUACCUGUGGCUCCGAUACACAAUGGAAUCCAUCCCAUGCCAGUUAACAAUCUACCAAUGGGAUACCCUGUUCUACAGCAACCACCAAUGGCAACUACAGGGCAGCCUCAUAUGGAUCCUAUGGGUAUGUCUAGCUGCCAUGUGGUCAAUGGAGUACCGGCUCCCAGUAACUUCCAACCCAUGCGAAUGAACUCCGGAAAUGAUAUGGUAAUGGACAACAACACAGCUGGUGUGAAUCCUGUUCCAGCUAAUGGCGCUAUUUCACCAAUGUCAGAUAUGCCUAUGAGUCCUACAUCAGUGGCUUCCAGCGGUCAUUUCCCCUUUACUGCAUCUGAACUGUCAGGAAUGGGAGUAGACACCUCAGCACUUGACACAGCUUUUACAUCUGAUGUUGCAAGUUCAGUAGGAUUGCAUCUAGCACCUGACAAUGGAAAUUCUAGAUCGUUUGGCCAACUACCUUGGAACUUCAGCCUUUCGGAUCUAACAGCUGACUUGUCAAACCUGGGAGAUUUAGGAGCUCUUGGAAACUAUCCUGGUUCUCCUUUUCUGCAUUCUGAUUCAGAUAUAUUACUCGAUUCUCCUGAGCAAGAGGACAUCGUAGACGAGUUCUUUGUGGAUUCCGUUCCUGCACCGCCAUGCUCACAGUCGGAUGAAGAUAAGCCCUAGUUUAACGUUGCAAUGUUUCUAUCUUUUGAAACUGUUUAGGAAAUGGUGACACAAGGGUCUGGUAUAUUUGGAUCUUUGCAUGGGCCAUGUUAUGUCAAUUUCAUUUGUUGUAACUUUAGCAUAUACCACGGAUGCUUGAUCGUUGUAACUUACGAAUAUCAAAUAACGUCAUGGUCAAAUCUUUUGCACCAUA